GAGGGGAGCGGCGAGGAUGGCGUCGUACGUGGGGAGCCGGACCCUGAGCAAGGACGAUGUGAACUACCGCCUGCACUUCCGCAUGAUCAACGAGCAGCAGGUGGAGGACAUCACGCUGGAGUUCUUCUACCGGCCCCACACCAUCACCCUGCUCAGCUUCACCACCCUCAGCCUCAUGGCCUUCGCCUUCACCAGGGAUGAUUCCACCCCAGAAGAUAAUAUUUGGAAAGGCAUCCUUUCUGUGAUUUUCUUCUUCCUAAUAAUCAGUGUGCUAGCUUUUCCAAAUGGGCCUUUUACUCGCCCACACCCUGCAAUAUGGCGCAUGGUUUUUGGUUUGAGUGUUCUCUAUUUUCUGUUUCUGGUGUUCCUACUGUUUCUAAACUUUGAGCAGGUAAAAUCUGUGAUGUACUGGUUGGACCCCAAUCUCCGUUAUGCUACAAGAGAAGCUGAUAUAAUGGAAUAUGCUGUGAACUGCCACGUUAUCACUUGGGAGCGGAUCCUCAGCCAUUUUGAUAUAUUUGCUUUUGGGCAUUUCUGGGGCUGGGCAAUGAAAGCGUUGUUGAUCCGCAGCUAUGGGCUUUGUUGGACUAUUAGCAUCACCUGGGAACUCACUGAGCUGUUCUUCAUGCAUCUCCUGCCUAAUUUUGCUGAGUGCUGGUGGGACCAAGUCAUUUUGGACAUCCUGCUGUGUAACGGGGGUGGCAUCUGGUUGGGCAUGGUAGUUUGCCGUUUCUUGGAGAUGAGGACCUAUCACUGGGCAAGCUUCAAGGAUAUCCACACAACCACGGGCAAAAUCAAAAGGGCUGUGCUACAAUUCACUCCUGCAAGCUGGACAUACGUUCGGUGGUUUGAUCCAAAGUCUUCAUUUCAAAGAGUAGCUGGAAUAUAUCUUUUCAUGAUUAUCUGGCAGCUGACUGAGCUGAAUACAUUUUUCUUGAAACACAUCUUUGUUUUCCAAGCAAGUCACCCUUUAAGCUGGGGUAGAAUUCUCUUCAUUGGAAUUAUCACAGCACCCACUGUGAGACAAUACUAUGCCUACCUCACAGACACACAGUGCAAAAGGGUCGGAACUCAGUGCUGGGUAUUUGGGGUAAUCGGUUUCCUUGAGGCGAUUGUCUGCAUCAAGUUUGGUCAAGAACUCUUCUCAAAAACACAAAUAUUAUAUGUUAUAUUUUGGCUCCUCUGUGUGGCUAUUACAACUUUCCUGUGUUUAUAUGGAAUGGUUUGGUAUGCAGACCGCUAUGGACAGCGAGAAAAGACUUUGUCGGAAAGCGAAGACAGCUCGUACAUCCCAGAUGCUUCCUGGCUAAACUCUAAGUUCACUAGAGGUACUGGUGCCUCAUAUGGAAUGGAAGACAGUCCCCCUAAGCACUCUGUCAACAGCGAGGGCCACUCAUCUCGGAGGAGGAACCGCCAUUCAAAAACAAAAGUGACCAAUGGGGUUGGCAAAAGAUAGAAUGACAGUUUCCAUAUUUGUUCCGGAAGCGUGCCUGAGAGCAAAGAAAACUAAACAAGGCCUGGUUCUGAAUUCCCUGCUUGAAGGUUGACGAGAGAAGAGGAAGAUAUGAAAAGAGAUGACAUCUUCAGCAACCAGAGGCCAAGAACCUUCUUUAAGAUGGAGCUUACCCAUGUAUUGCAAAUCAUUAGCUGCUGUCACUUUGCCAUUCACUGGAUUAAAUUUAACCUCUUCUGCACUUGAUAUUCUAAACAGACGUAAGACAAAUAGUUGCUUGCUCCUGAAGGGUUUGUGUGCAAAUCUUUGGUCAGGUAGUGCAAAUGCCUUCUUGGAAGGCCUUUCUUUAGUUGAAUUUGAUAACCCAAAGUGAACAGGCAGCCACUGGGGCUGGCUCUGUUGCUCUUGGGGCGGGUUCUCAAAAAACAUCAUUUUGCAUCUUCUUUUUUUGUUGUUGUGGAACAGAAUGUUUGAAAGAUGCUCUGCCUGGGUUUUCAAUCAGCUGAACCUUUCUGCACUUAGGGUUUAAAAAAAAAAUACAAUCAGCAGCGUAUCAUAAAGUAUUAGAAUGUGUGUCUGUGGUUUUAUACAGUUAAUUCCAUUUCUAACUCUGCCAAAUGUUCAUCAUGUCCACUUCCAUUUCAGAUGGUCAUGAAAUUCUAUUGCACAAUAAGAGCAGUGUUUGCCAUUCCAGAGACAUAACCAAAAACUUAAAAGGGCUCCUCCGGGAACUACGACUAAGCAACAAAAUGACAUCCUUCCUUGGAAGGGUGUUGUUUUGUUGCUUAUUUCAGAGACAUAGGCAAAGCAUCAUUUAUCCAUAUGGAUACGCCAUUAAAAAUAGUCGCCAGCACCUCCUGUAGUUCCUGUAUGUUUAUUAUCUCUUCAGCGACACCACGCUUUUCAAACAGAUUCCUCUUGAUAGGCCAAAGCAACAAAACAAUUCCAGUUGUAAAGGAAAGAUUGUGCUUAAACCUGGAAAGAUGGCUUAUCCAGCAAACUGCUGUAGAUCUCUCCGUUUUGUUGUUUUUGAAAAAAUAUAAUCGCUUACACAAGCUCACUGCCUGUUCUUGGGUCAUGUGGUGUCAGUUUUGCAGUAUUGUUUCCCUGUUUCUUUGAAAAGAAUGAUUAAACAGUAUUUCAUUAUAAAAUUCACCACACUGGGUAAUUCCCAAGAAAACCAUAACAGUAAUAAUUUAAACCAUGACUGUCGUUUAACUCUUCAGUUGUCAGGCCCAAGACCUUUUUUAAAAAAUAGAUUUCCCGCCCCCCCCCCCCCAACCUGGUUGGUUUUUCUGUGUGGCAGCUGUGCGGUGGUUGUGACAGAGGUAGGAAGUUAGGUAGGUACCUAACAUACCUACAAUAAAAUACCAUUACUCUUCAUCUGGGAAAUGCCAGAUACAGGCUACAAGAUAAAGGAAAUAUCGUGACGUCCACAGGUGGUAUGCUGUAAACAGAAAGACCACUAUAAUCCAUGAGUCUCUACAUGCCACAGAGGAUCAGCUUUUGAAAUGCACUCUCUGUCGCUAUUAAGGUUCUGUUUUAUUUGGGGGGAGGUGUUUAUCACCAAUGUGCAAACUCUGGCAUUGAAAGCUCCUACAGCUAUAUUGUAUUUGCUGCGACUGUGCUAAUUGUUACAUGGGAGAAAAUAUGUAUCUCAAACAUAUUUUCAUAACAAACAUUGGUUUCUUGUUUAUAUUCUUAAAGUUGUACAUUGUUGUACCUCUUGGUGUUCUUGUUGUACCUCUUGGUGUUCUUAGCAUGCUGAACAAUUCUUGAAUGUAUUUGUUUUAUCUCUGAAUUCCCUUAUGGGUCACUUGCUACCAGAUAAACUAGUGGCUUGGAUCCAGAAAUCGCAAUGGUAGGCGCUGACUGAUACAAACUUCUGCAGUGUGUUUAACUUCCUAGCAGCCCCUUUCAAGCCCCCAGCAGAUGAUUCCUUGGGGGUCACAUGACUUGCAUGGACAGAUAGCUGCAUUGGUCUGAUUGGGCUCCUGUGAGGAGGAGGGGGGGGCAAAAUCAUACACCUUCCAUGCGCAGAUCAUCGCCUGCAGAACAGGGAGAAAACAGGAUUGCUGGAGGGAGUGGAGCACAUAAAAAAUCACUUGCAGCUGAGCUCACAGAUUGAUGGAUCCAAGCCACUGUUAAUUUGUCUAUUUAUUCAAGACCAAAGUCAGAAGAUGCUGAUAUCCUUGUGAACAUGUCAUACUGUCCACUUCAGUGUUAUCACCCACAUUCCUAAAGAGCCUGUUUUGCAAAGUACACAACAUGCUGUAUUCUGGCUCUAUUGUGAAGUGAAUAGUAAAGAUCUCACUUGGCUCAUUAGAGGUGCAGACCCAGGUAUAUGUGCAGUAGUUUCAUAUACAAAAGCCAGCUCUGUCAAUAGAAAAAAGGAGCGUUUAGGUAUACAGUUAUAUCAUGUGCAGAAUGUACAUGCAAGUCUUUAAAAAAAACCCAGAAAUUGGUGUUACCAUUUAUGAUGCAUGGGUUACAAAGUGGAGUGUUUGAAUGGUAGAGAGACAGGUAGACACUUCCCUUUUCCAACAGCAAAAAAAAAAAAAAGCACCCCUAAGGAUACUGUCAACAAUUCAAAGGUAUACUUAUGUGCAUACAGAAGUAGGUUUUGUGUGCCCUUUGACCUUUUUGGAUGCUAGCCUAUGCACACUGUUUUUUUAAAAAAAGAAAUUAUAAAAGACAAUCUUGCAUGAUUAAAAUUUAAACGUGUUUUCUUAAUCUCCCAAGAAGAGUAAAAAUGGUUUCCUCCCCAUAAUAUGUUAAGCUGUGUUCAUCUUUCCCCUGCCUAUUUCAUUGUAAAUUAUGUAAACUAUUCAAAUAUUGUGUUGGAAAAUUGCAUUUUCUGUACUGUAAUCAGUUUAUUCUUGUUCAAAGUGACAAACACGUGCUCAUUUCAUACUCUGUCUGCUAGAUGGCAUGUGUGUUCUGUAUAUUUCAAUGGAAAUGAGACCCGGACCAAUAGAAACAGGAAGAGGAGCUUUGAUCAGGUCUAGAAAUAUGAUACUGUUAAACCUGAGAGAUGUAUCCCACAACUGAUGAAUUCCACAUGUGAGCUCUAGCACUGUUAUCCUUGUAUUGAGAAUUCUGGCCGAUAUUAUUUUCUGCCAUUUACAGGCUUUUCCCCUACCUUUUUCAUGUCCCUUCAUCCUGCUUUUUACAAUUGUCCCACCUGACUACCGUCCAGGUUAUGUGUGUUUGUGUGUGUGUGUCAUUUUUUUAAAAAAAAAUUAUUUACAGUGUGCUUAUUGAAGAAGAGGUUGACUUUGGUUCCUCUGGAGAUUGUGCUGUAUGAACAGUCAUUGAUGGGGGGCCUAACCUAGUACGGCAUGGCCAAAACAGUGAACAGUAGCAACAGGUUAGAACACUGCAGAAUAGCUCUAGUGAAAAAAGGCAUUUUUAAGGCCAAGAGAGCAUCAAAUAAAAAGGGAGAACCCUAGCCACCAAAAGCAAAGUUAUUGCCAGCUACCAGUAUUAAAACUGUGUGAAGCACUGUUAUAUAUAAAAUCAGUAUGCAAAUACAUGGAGUUUGGUUUCAGCUCUGCUUCUGGCUAUUCACCUGUGAAAAAUAAAGUCCUGAAUGCCUAAAGAA